UCUCGCUCUCUGGAGAUGCAACGACCGCGUCGUCGAGAUGUCACUGACCCGAUCGACGAGCCACCGUGGCUGAGGAUAUUGCUGCAUUUUCAGACCUGUCUGCCUUGAUGUCUAUACUAUUCAAUACUGCCUUUCAUAACUGGGAUCUGUACGGGACAAGACGAACUCCCGCCCUGUCCUCGACUCUGCGUCGCAUUUCUGGCUGCUCGGAAACCUACCUGGAAUAAGGCGGCUUACGAGAGGACGCACGCACCAUGGCGGGGUUAAACGAUGGUAAAAUCUAUUCUGCUACGUACAGUAGUGUACCGGUAUAUGAGUUCAAAAUAGACGGGGAAAAUGUGAUGCGCCGGAGGGCCGAUGACUGGAUCAAUGCUACACAUAUCCUUAAAAUCGCGGGGUUUGACAAGCCUGCGCGCACUCGAAUUCUGGAGCGUGAGGUCCAAAAGGGCGUCCAUGAGAAAGUACAGGGUGGCUAUGGCAAAUACCAAGGAACCUGGAUACCUCUGCCCGAGGGUCGUUUGUUAGCUGAGAGGAAUAACAUUCUCGAUAAGCUGAGACCAAUCUUCGAUUUCGUCCCUGGUGAUCGCAGCCCGCCGCCAGCCCCAAAACAUACAACGGCGGCUUCGAGACCAAAGCCAAGGAUAUCAGCAGCGGCGAAGAAGUUGGCAAAGGAUGACAUGUCGUUCAAUUCUAUAAAGUCGCACCGCAGUAUGGGUCCUCCGAGCUUUCCCCAUGAACAACAGCAGUACGACAUGGGCGCUGCCUAUGAAGACGACGAGUCUAUCGAGCAAACAACACUAGAGUCUUCUUCCAUGAUGGCGGAAGAUGAUAUGAUGCCAAUGUCUCAACAUUCGACCCACUCUCGGAAACGGAAACGCGGAAUGAACGAUAUGGCCGCUAUGUCCCUCAUGGAGCAAGAGCACAUAAUCUACGGAGAUCAGCUCCUGGAUUAUUUUAUGACUGUCGGAGAUGCCCCUGAAGCUGCAAGGAUUCAGCCCCCACAACCUCCGGUGAACUUCCAGGUAGAUCGUUCGAUCGAUGACUCUGGAAAUACGGCGUUGCACUGGGCGUGCGCAAUGGGCGACUUGGACAUCGUGCGAGAUCUUCUCAAUCGAGGUGCAAACAUGCAGGCCUUGUCUGUCCAUGAAGAAACACCUCUGGUGCGGGCAGUCUUAUUUACGAACAACUAUGAGAAGCGAACGUUCCCGGCGCUUCUGGACCUGCUGCAAGAUACGAUGUUCUUCCGAGAUUGGUUUGGAGCCAGUGUCUUCCAUCAUAUUGCUGAAACUACCAGGAGCAAAGGGAAAUGGAAGAGCUCGAGAUAUUACUGCGAAGUGCUCCUUGAGAAGCUGCGCACCAGUUAUCCGCAACCGGAAUUGGAGCUGCUUCUCUCAUGUCAGGAUUCGAAUGGUGACACGGCUGCUCUGGUGGCGGCUCGCAACGGCGCAUUCCGCCUGGUGUCCAUGCUUACACUUCAUUGCCCGAACUCGGGACGAUUGGUGAAUUCCAAGGGCGAAACCGCUAGCGAUUUUGUUCGACAGGCGCAACAUCCAGAACGAGAGAUUCCUCCUCCACCGUCGUCGGUGACGCAAGGAAAUGACCAGCAAGAUGGAGAUUUCAGCGGGCCCUACAACUCCGACCGUCCGUCGACAGCUCUCCCGCAAGCUUCUUCUCCUGCCACCUCUGUUCUGCUCUCCAAGAUUGGAUCGCUCAUGGAGGAAGCGAACAAGAAGCUGACUGCAGCCUAUGGCAACAUCCAGCACAGCCAGCCGGGAUCGGACGAUGUGUCUAAUCCUGAAGGACUCUAUGCCCAACUGGAAUCGGACCGACUGGAUAUCCAGAAACAAGUGCUCGCCUUGUCUUCCCAGGAGAGCGAAAAGGAACCCAUCAGCUCGCAGCACGGACGAUAUGAACAGGUGAGGGGACAUUACGAAUCUCUCCUGGAGAAGAUGCAGCAUCGCAGCAUCCUGGAACGCCUGAGCAGCGGCGCCUCGUCCGUCAGCGAAAGAUCACAGCAGUCGCCGCCUGCCACUCAAGAGCAGCUCACCAACCUCUUCCAUCUGGCCCGUGAACUGUCUCAGGCGCAGAAGACGCGACGCACCGCAGUCCACGAUCUGAUCCAACAACGGGCCGAUGCGGGUGUGAGCACGAAGUUUGACAUGCAUCGCAAACUGGUCUCUCUGGCGACCGGUCUGAAGGAAGAAGAGCUGGACCCCAUGGCUGCUGAGCUGGCGGAGACGUUGGAGUUUGAACGUAUGAACGGCAAAGGGGCGAGCUCGGAUUCUCCCGAACCUGAGGUGGUCGCGAGUAACGGGACGAUGUCGAUGUCGAUGUCGACUCCGGGGAAUAAUACAGUGUCGGUUGAUGCUUAGCUCGGUCGAGCGAUGUCUCGGGCGUCUUGACGAAAUGGUUGCCUGUGCGCUUUUUUUUUUCCCUUUUGAUUCUUGGCAUUGGUGAUGAUGAACGGCUUCUGGCGCGCCUCGUGCGAGAGCGGACCAGCAGAUACCCCUGUUUUUCUGUUUGCACCUCUCUUCCGGCGCUUGUCCCACUGUAUGGGCAGACCGUGUGGGUUGUAUUUUUUUCUGUACAUAGGACAACGGUUUGGGAUCUUUCGGGGGCGUGUGGACAAUGGACAUCUCGUUAAAUGGCAUUUCAUGGCACUUGUAAUAAUCUGUUUGAUGACAUCAAAGUGGUUAUGUGAUUAUCUACAUCUUGUUAACUUAGGUACCUAGUUAAUUACAGUUUGACAUGACGAUAACGGAUA